UUGUUUCAGAAGUAUGAGUGCACGCACGAAGCCCUUGCUUCACUGCCAAUUGAUGGUAAUUGCGAGAAUCUAGGGUUGAAUCCCACCUUGAAAGCUCUUGGCAAAUCAUACAAUUUUGAAAGUUAUCGUUUACCUAAAAUGCCUGACAAUCUCGAUGAAUAUUAUAAAAUGGCUGUAGAAGAUUGGAUUUACACUGGUACUUUGAAAGAUGCAUUAUUCAGUGACGAAACGAAAGUAAAGUUUGCUAGGGUAAGCUGA